UGGUUUCAAUGACUUGUUGCGGCGGUUCCUUUAACGCCCCACCAAGUCGUCAUGACGUAAUCAAAAAGGGACGGAACGGAACCUUGCUAAGAAACGAUCUUUUUAAAUAUGUUAAUAAUUAUUAUUACAAUAUGCAGACUUUAGUAGCCUUUGCGUAAUUAGCUACCGCUAUUUUUUUGUAUAUAUUAUUCAGUAAACAUAAUAGUAAAACACUUCUAAGGGCAACGCUAUGAUCUGCUCUAUUCAAGCUAAAACAGUGGCUUCACUUCCGGACUACAAAUCAAAAAACGUGUACUCGAAAGUGUCGGCUCGCGCUGCUGUGUAGUCUCUGCUGUAAUCUGUCGCAUCUGCUCCACACACACGAGGGUUCAAUGCCGUGGCUUUAGAGCUUUUCCUAAGGUUCAAGACAGUCAGGCUGUUUUCACCGCUUUUCGAUGUAGAACGCAGUUGACAUGACAUUGGGACCUAACAUGCACAACUGCGCCCGCUAUCUCAUAUUUUUCCAAUACAUUGGAACAAAAUACAGUGGCGCAGUGAAAGUGCCUGCACAUCAAGGGCUGAAGAGAGGAGUCCAGGACCACUUGGAGGAUGCAUUACGGAGGCUGAAGCCCCUCAACCCUGUCUCUCUGUUCAUCUCCAGCAGGACAGACACAGGUGUCCACGCUCUCUCUAACUCCGCUCACUUUGACCUGCAGCGCAGGAAUGACAAGCCCAUAUUUACUGAGAACGUCCUUGUUGAUGCUCUGAAUUUCCACCUCAGGAAAGAGCAAAUCAGGGUUACCAGUGCCCACCGCGUGCGGGAUGACUUCCACGCCCGCUUCUGCGCCCGGUCUCGGACCUACGUCUACCGGCUCGCCCUCGGAAUCGCCCACCACGCUGACCUUCCCCUCACAGAGGGGGACCUGUGCUGGAACCUCCACAACAUGGAGCUGGACGUGGGAGCCAUGCGUGAGGCCGCUGACGUGCUGGUCGGGACCCACGACUUCAGCAGCUUCAGGGCCGUGAGCUCUGACCUGCCUUUUAAAAGCCCGGUGAAGACGCUGGAUGUGGUGAACAUCCGACCAGGCGGCUCCUUUGCGCAUGCGCACUUCCACAGGGACAUCCCGUUCUGGGAGCUGACGUUCAGAAGCAGGUCUUUUCUCUAUAGGCAGGUGCGGAGGAUGACGGGGGCCUUGGUGGCCGUGGGCCAGGGAAAGCUCUCGGUGCCCCAGGUAAAAGCUUUAUUGGAGGCAAGGGACUCUCUGGCCUACGCAAACCUCCUCGCUGCUCCACCUCAAGGCCUCUUCCUCACCAGGGUGGAUUACAGAGAGACGGGUGAGGAUGCUGGAUGGAAGCAAAUCCACUAGGGAGGAGAUUAAUUGACUGAUCCAGAUCUGCAGCUUCCACAACAGACGUCAGAGGAGCAGCCGCCAACCUCAGUACUUUAAUGUUACUUGAAUAAGUUAGGUGUAAUAAGUUUAUAGAAUAAUAAAUCUUUUGUACCUAUACUUACAUUAUCAUUUAUAUUUUUGAUCUACUUUCACACAUAAGCAUUAGACUACAAAAAGAUGAACGUCUAUGUUUUCUUUUAAUUCACCAUAUUAGAAAUACAUGACUGUCCAUGAACGCAGCUCAGCUACAUAAUACCACACACCUUGGAUCUAUCAUUGUCUACACAUGACCUCCAGGUUACAACAGACAACUUGCUUUAAGCCUAGUCAGGCAGUACUACUACGAUGGGUAGGUGUAUUAAGUAGGUUUCAUAGGUUCUCACAAUCGUCAAACAAAGUAUACAACAUGUGAACAAGAGUGUUAAGGUUUAUAAACUGACUAAACUGCUUUGUGUCCAUGACUCUCAUACAGUGGUAUUACAUUUAUGGAUCAAAAAAGUGCACACACUCUCAAUGUAUACAUCCAAACGUCCAAAUUAAACUGCAUACACUGCUUCUUCA